AUGGGAGAUCCUGGGGACCUUCGCCACAGGGAUCUCUACGGUCUCGAAAAGUUAUUCGGCGAGGUUCUUGUUCACAGGUUCGCUAAUAAGCUAUCCAUCCAAAUCUCACGUUUCCACAACGUUUAUGGGGCGAGAGGUACUUGGUACGGUAGACGUGAGAAGGCGCUUGAAGGAAAAGCUGUUGUUGCAAAGUGGCCAAAUCCCCAACUCAUUCAGGCGGCGAAAGACGGAAAGCGAUGGUUGAAGUCUCUGUCGCGCCGGAGAAACCACUCCACCACCCUGUUAUUUAUUACGAACAUGUGA